UCAUCUCACAUCAGCUCACCGUCAGUUGUUUGCCGGCGGGCUCGAGAUUCAUCUGGGCGGAACCAUACCCACCUCGGAAUGACGUGAUGCGACGUGAGAACGGUUGGUGCUUACCAUCCAUCUCUCUACCUGACCUUUGCAGCUGAGUUACUACCGAAACCGGACCAACUUUUCUCGCCCUCCCGGAGUGUUUUUGGGUGAGUGGCUCGUGAUUGAUUUGGUGCCCGCAUGCUUCCGGUUCUAAUCGUUUCUACCUUUCUACGUUUUACCUGUCACCCGGCGGGGCUUGCUAAGCGUCUAAGCCCUAAUGUGCCUAUAAAUAAGCAUACGACCAUCGGCAAUUGCUCGCAUUACACUCGAGGCUAACCACUGAAGCACACCCGCACCAGCAGCAGCAGCACCAGUUGCAGCAACUCCCGCACAAGCUAAUCCCCAGUCCAAGUGCUCGAAAUGUCAGCUCCAUCAAGAGUCCGGUUCCACCCGCUGCUGGCACUGCUGGUGGUGGUGUCGAUCGUGGGCGCACAGUACGGUGCCCGUGCCGCCAUACUGACCCGUGCGAUCGAGGCACAGAAGACGCUGGUCGAACGCGAAGAGCAAGCACUGCAGGAAGCAAAGGAUCAGGUCUACCGGACGGCACAGAACGCGAUGGAUGUGUCGCGCGAUGCGAUGUCGAACGUGGCCGAACAGCUCCGGUACGCCGUCGGUUACCCGUGGCGGGUAGCAAGUGAGGCACUCGAGAAGCCGAAGCUGUACGCCAAGUACAUGCUGUACCGGGCGACCAAUGCGCUGAACGGAGAGCCCGAAACGACGCCCGUGCCGGUUGUGCUGACGAACGACUUCCAGCCCACGACUGCCAGCGCUCCACAGGCCGAGGGUGACAUUGUGCCGCAGUGGAUUACUGGAUUGCGUACGUUCUUCAACCCGGAACCGGCCGUCCCGAACAAAGAUCUUCCCAAGCCGAGCCCAUACAUCGAGGUGAUUGAAAUUAAGCGCAAUCCUGCGACGGAGCUGGUGGCAGAGCCAGCGGUAAGCGAAACCGCACAGGAACCGCAGAAGGAAGUGAUUCAGCAGUAACGAGGCCAUGCGAGGCCAGUUGCAC